AUGUUGUUCGUCGCCUGCCUUUCCGUAGCUGCCGUGGCAGUGUCCGCGGCUCCGCUGGAGAACCGAGCUGCGGCGAUCGCCCUGCCGUUGAAGAAACACGUCAAUGUCACAUCGAUCAGCAACAUCGUCCAGAAAGGCCACGCCCGCAUCAGCGCGAUCAAUGGAGAGCAGGCAGCUCCUGCCGCCCGCGCCGUGCAGGUUAGCUCCGGCACGGUCACCAACGAGGACGUUACAUAUGUUGCCGCGGUCACCAUUGGUGGUAAAUCCUAUGAUCUGAUCGUCGACACUGGAUCUUCAAACACCUGGUGUGGUGCUCAGAGCGCAUGUGAGAAGUCCUCGACUGGCAAGUCUACUGGCGGCACAGUCUCUGUCACCUACGGCAGUGGUUCAUUUUCCGGAACUGAGUACACGGACACGGUCAGCUUCGGCGGCCUGACCGUCUCUUCCCAGUCGAUCGGUUCCGCUUCCACCUCGUCAGGAUUCAGUGGCGUGGACGGAAUCAUCGGGUUUGGUCCUGUCGGUCUUACCUCGGGAACUGUUUCCAACGCCAACACAGUUCCGACUUUCCUUGACAACCUGAAGAGCCAGGGGUCUAUUUCAACUGAAGUCCUUGGUGUUUCCUUCAAGCCCGAAAGCGGUAGUGAUACAGAUGAUGCCAACGGCGAGCUGACCCUCGGCGGCACCGAUUCGUCGAAGUACACUGGCACGCUCACCUACUUCCCCAAGCUCACGAGUGGCUCUGCUGCCGCCUACUGGGGCAUCUCAAUUGCCAGCUUCACCUACGGCUCUCAGACCCUCGCGUCGAGCGCGUCUGGCAUCGUCGACACCGGCACCACGCUGAUCUACAUCCCGAGCUCGGCCUACUCCGCGUUCCUGUCGGCGACCGGUGGCAAGACUGACAGCUCGUCCGGGCUUGCUGUCUUUACCACUAAGCCGACUGCGAAUUUCGGUAUCAAGUUUGGUUCGACGACUUACACCCUGACGCCAGCCCAGUACCUCGUUCCCACUGCUCAGUACAGCGUCUUCGGCCUCACCUCUGGCAAGUACUACGCCUGGAUCAACAACGGCGGCAGCUCAGGUGUCAACACAAUUAUUGGCCAGAAGUUCCUCGAGAACUACUACUCGGUUUACGAUACUACCAACUCUCGCAUCGGCUUUGCUACUGCUGCCUAA